CACUCAGAUGAGAGCAGCUGAGGCGCAAGUCGUCUGCGGGGAUUUUUGAAGUCCCACCAGCUGAUUGCAAAUCUCACUGCCAAGUUGGUUUUGGUUCUGCUGCUGUGCUUGAAUUUCACCAAUUUUUAAAAUAGAUUUGCCCUCUUUAUAGGAUACUCGCAUCGUAUUUUUCUAAUUCUUCAAGAAAUAUAUCUUAUCAAAUAUGUCGACAACUCGCCUUAUCAGCUGCUCGGCAGCUAAGGACUUAAUCGCUAACUCAAGAGGUGUUUUCAACCGAAACCGGUGUUUAAAUAAGAGAAAUUUAGUGUAUAAGCAAGCCUUCCCGAGUACACUACUAAUAACCCGAAAAAUGGCUACUACGAAAACGAACGCUGCAGCUGCAGAAUUAACUCCAAAAUGCUUAACUUUGGGCAAUAUGAAUCCAAAUGUGAAAGUCAUGGAAUAUGCUGUCAGAGGACCUUUAGUUACUCGUGCUUCAGAAAUCGAAAAAGAGCUUGAAAAGGGUGUGAAAAAGCCUUUCAAUGAAGUUAUCAAGGCGAAUAUUGGAGACUGCCAUGCCAUGGGACAAGUCCCUAUUACGUUCAUAAGACAGGUGUUGGCUCUUGUAUCCCUACCUGAAUUAUUGGAGGAUCCGAGAUUUCCGUCCGACGUGAAGUCAAGGGCAAAAGCAAUUCUCGCUGGGUGCAGAGGUCAAAGUGUGGGAUCAUAUACGGAUUCUGCCGGCAUUGAAAUAAUAAGAAAACAUGUUGCCGAAUAUAUUCAACGAAGAGAUAACAUUCCCUGUGAUUAUCAAAAUGUUCUUCUCUGUGCUGGAGCUUCUGAUGGCAUCAAGUCAGUGCUGAAGUUAUUGAUCGAGAAGGUGGAUGGAAAAACACCAGGAGUUAUGAUUCCAAUUCCACAAUAUCCUUUGUAUUCCGCAUCUUUGGCCGAAUUCGGUAUGGAACAGGUGGGUUAUUACCUGAACGAAGAGAAAAAUUGGUCUCUGGACGUCUCAGAACUCGAGCGAUCGAUUGCCGAAGCGAAGAAAACGUGCAAUCCGAGGGCGAUUGUCGUCAUCAAUCCAGGAAAUCCUACUGGACAAGUCUUGGCCAGACAAAACAUUGAAGACAUCAUCAAGUUUGCCAACAAGCAUAAGCUUUUCAUCUUUGCAGAUGAGGUAUAUCAAGACAACGUGUAUGCCGAAGGUAGCAAAUUCUUCUCAUUUAAGAAGGUCCUUGUUGAAAUGGGUGAGCCAUACUCUUCAAUGGAAUUGGCUUCUUUCAUGUCGUGUUCCAAAGGUUACAUGGGAGAAUGUGGUUUGAGAGGAGGCUACACCGAAGUCAUAAACAUGGAUCCUGAAGUGAAGGCUAUGCUUCUGAAAGCUAUCUCUGCUAUGCUGUGCCCUACAGUUUUAGGCCAGGUAUGAUAUCACUCAUUCACGAUUUUCAGGAUAAAAACAUUUUGCUUUAUUAUUACAAUAUUAUUUUCAUUGCAUCCACUGACAUCCUGUAAAAGGGGUGUUUGAAUAUUUGUCAGAUU